CAAAUGUGGCGACAACGAGUGUUCGUCCGCAAGGCCACGAUGGCGGCCGCGACAGCCGCAUGGAGUGCUUCGACGGUGAUAUGCCAAGGUGACGACAAGAUGACACCACCUGAGCUCACUGCGUACCUGAAACGCAACCUCGCGGCGUUCCGCCAAGAUUUUACCAAGUCUCAUCCGAACAUCACGACUCAGCCCAUUCAGGUGUCCCACCAGAACAACGUUGUUCGUUUGUCGUUCAUGUCGCCAUCCACAUCGUCCACAUCGCCCGUCCAUCGUUUUCUCCGCGACAUUGGUAUCUCCGUUGAAGUCGUUCCUUCCACGACCGACGAUACUCUCAACUACAUCUUUACGGAUGCUUCAGGAUCGUUUCAAUGGCUCCCGGCGAAAUCUAAGGAUAACUUGUUCGUGUUGUUCAAGGACCUUCCCAUCUCCCGCACGGAAGUCGAUGCUGUCUUGGCGGCGUACAAGCACGCGUUCUUGUCGCUUCCAUCGUCUUCGUCUAAGAAAACUUCUCCCGAUGCUGCAAUUUCUGCUCUCCAGCAGCUUGGUCUCGACGUAUACGAUGCGACCACAACAGAGGAUCUGACAUGGGAUGCUCUGGCUGGUUACGACGAAGUAAAGCAAGAAAUCGAUGACACGGUCAUCUUGGCGCUACAAAAUCCCAGUUUUUACGAAAACAUUGCCAACCACACGCGAGAAAGAUUCGAGACAAACCGACCUCGGGCAAUUCUGUUUGAAGGGCCGCCAGGCACUGGCAAGACGCUGUCUGCGCGGAUCAUUGCUUCGCAAGCAAAGGUGCCGUUGAUUCACCUUCCUGUCGAAAGCAUUGUGUCCAAGUGGUAUGGCGAAAGCGAACAAAAGCUGGCCAAGAUCUUUGACGCGUGCGACCAGCUCGAAAACGGCGCCAUCUUGUUUAUCGAUGAGAUUGAUGCACUGGCAUCCGACCGAUCGACGGGGAACAUGCAUGAAGCGACCCGUCGGCUCUUGUCGGUCCUGCUUCAAAAGGUUGAAGGGUUCUCGUCGUCGCAGAAAGGUAUGGUAUUCUUCGGAUGGUGCUGAAAGCAUACCGUGUGUGUUGUGUGCCGUAGUGACACUGAUUGCCGCGACGAACCGCAAGCAAGACCUCGACAGUGCAUUGCUGAGCCGAUUCAACUUGACGAUUCGCUACGACUUGCCUGACCUGGCUACACGACAAGCAGUCUUUCGUCGGUAUGCCAAACAACUGAGCAACAAUGACUUGCAUCAACUCGCGGCCACGACUGCAACGUGGUCGUGCCGGGACAUCAAAGAGCUGUGUGAAUACACUGAACGCAAGUGGGCAUCGCAAGUCUUACGCAGAGAGCAAAAGAGCCCCGUGCCAACUCUAGAAGCCUACGUCUCGGCCAUUGAUCACCAAGCAUCCAAGCGAAGCAGCAACAGCGUGCAUAUAUAACUCAAGCCACAGCUUAGGACCCAAGGAAGGCCCGCGUGUAAACCACCAUAGCGUUCGAACUGCAGUGAUCAGGUUCGUUUCCUCAACCUGAGUAAUGUCGCAUGGGGUUGUCUGCUCCAAUAUUAGCCAAUACAAAUCGAAAAUGCUUAAUUUAUGCUGAAGAAAGCCGAACCAUUGGACAAGAGCAUUGCAUAUGCAUA